UUUAGCCUGAGCAGGAUAUUUCUGUUGCUUUUAAGGCGAAGUGUUUAAUCAAAUGACUCACUAAUGAAUGAGCAUCUCCUCCGUUCUGUUUCUCCAAGGAGGCAUAAAGCAACUCGAACAUACGUCAGUGUUUACAUCUAUAUUUCAGUGGCCCCCACCUUCCAUCUCUGAAUUGAUCUUUCUCUCUUUCUACAACACACCACCCAGCUGCUCCAUCCAUCCUAUCCGCACACCACGUGACCCACUUCUCCUACGUCCUUCAGUAGUUCAUUCAGCAUGAUGGCUGCGGAUGCUGCGGAUUCUCUCUGCUGCAUCCUGCCUCCGCGCCGGUUCUUUCUCCUCCUUCUCACCGUCACCCUUUCCUCCUUGCCGGCCCCAACAUCAGCGCUACUCGGUGUCCGACCGGAAGACACCGAGAGCGGAGGACUGUCUGUGCAGGACGGAAUAUUGAGGGCGACAGAGGGGACCCGCUUCAUGCUGAGGGUUUAUUACUCCACUUCUCCUGCAUCAGAACAUCCCAACAACCUGAACAUUAACGGAAGACCUGACGCCGCACCUGCCGCUCCGUGGAUCGCGUUCAUAGAGGAGCCAAUUGAGGACAGUGGGGAUGCAGAGACGCGGCUCCGGUCUAGCGGGAACCCAUGUGAAGAGGAGAAUGCCCGCAGCUCUGAUAUUGAACUGUUGGGUUCUUUUAGAUCCACCUCAAGUCACAACUCAGUUUUGGUGGAGCUGCUCGCCAAAGACCUGCGCAGAGAUGAGGUUAUUAAAUAUUACUCCAUGUGUGCGUUUGAUGGGGUGAAAUGGGAACACUUCAGCACCAAAGACUUUUGGCUGGCAGUGGUGGAGAGACCUCCGGAGGCUGAUGUUUGGCUCCAAGCGGGGGUCUCGGUACUCUUGUUGGGACUGUCAGCUCUCUGCAGCGGUCUGAACAUCAGCAUGCUGGCCCUGGACCCCGUGGAGUUGCGGGUCCUGCAGAACAGUGGCACAGAAAAGGAGCAGAAAUACGCACGGAAAAUAGAGUCAGUGCGUAAACAUGGGAACUACAUCCUUUGCACUGUGGUGCUGGGAAACGUGCUCACAAAUACAUGUUUUGUGGUAUGGAUGUGCCAGAUUUUAGGAAUGACAGCUUUCUCAACUGCCUCAUGCACUUUAGGGAUAUUCUUUAUCGGCGAGAUCUUACCUCAUUCUGUAGCGUCCAGACACAGUCUUGCCAUCGCCUCCAAGACCCUCUGCGCAACCCGCUUGCUGAUGCUGGUGUUUUUUCCCAUCGCCUAUCCAGUCUCCAAGAUUCUGGACAUCAUGUUGCAUCAAGAAAUCAGCAGCUUCUACACCAGGGAGAAGCUAGUGGCCAUGCUGCGUGUCACAGAUCCCUACCACGACCUAGUCAAAGAGGAGCUUAACAUUAUCCAGGGAGCCCUGGAACUGAGGACCAAGACCGUAGAGGACGUGCUAACCCCUCUGUCAGACUGUUACAUGCUGUCUUCAGAUGCCGUGCUGGAUUUCUGCACCAUGUCCGACGUGAUGCAAAGCGGUUUCACUCGCAUCCCGGUCUACGAAAACGAGAGGUCCAACAUCGUGGACAUCCUGUUUGUUAAAGACUUGGCCUUCGUGGAUCCAGACGACUGCACCCCUCUGAAAACAAUUACUCAGUUCUACAAGCAUCCCAUGCACUGCGUCUUCAGUGACACCAAGCUAGAUGUGAUGCUGGAGGAAUUCAAGAGAGGUAAGUCUCACCUGGCUGUGGUGCAGAGGGUGAACAGCGAGGGUGAGGGAGACCCUUUCUACGAGGUGAUGGGCAUCGUCACCCUGGAGGAUGUCAUUGAGGAGAUCAUCAAGUCAGAGAUUGUGGAUGAGACAGACCUGUACACUGACAAUCGGACCAAGCGGCGAGUCUCCAACCAUGAAAGGAAGCAACAGGAUUUUUCCAUCUUUAAAGUGGCAGAAAAUGAGCUGAAAGUGAAGAUCUCGCCACAACUGUUGCUCGCCACACACCGCUUUUUAGCAACAGAAGUGGAGCCUUUCAGGCUGUGUCACCUGUCUGAUAAGAUCUUGCUGCGUCUCAUCAAACAUCCCAGCGUUGUACAGGAGCUCAAGUUUAACCCCAAGAACAAACAUGCUCCUCAACACUACCUAUAUCAAAGAAACAAGCCGGUGGACUACUUCAUCUUGAUCCUCCAGGGCCGAGUGGAGGUAGAGAUAGGGAAGGAGGCUCUCCGGUUUGAAAAUGGAGCGUUCUCCUAUUACGGCAUGCCAGCACUCAUCCCACCUCUGCCUACUUCUCACAGGUAUAGCUCGCGUGGUAGUGGCCUGAACCAGUCAGAUUUAUUACUGAGUGGAAGCAGUGUGGGUCAGCUCACAACAGGCGGGGGGAUCUAUUUACCAGACUACUCUGUCCGACAACUCACAGACCUGCAGAUCAUCAAGAUCACCAGAAACCACUACCAGAAUGCCCUAACAGCCACCCGGAUGGACAGCUCCCCUCAAACACCAGAUGCUGUGGAUCCUGACCCUAAAGGGAGGCUUCCAGUGCCCGAGGCUCGCUCAAACAGCAUCGCCUUCCCCCUCAUGAACACACACACUCGGAUGGGGCUGGCACGCCUUGCACACCUCCAUCCCCAUGGUGGCCUUCGCAACACUUCCCAGCUCAAUGAAAGAAAUCGCAUUGUUCGCAGUAAAUCUGAUGGACAGAGGAGUCCAAACGAUACAGUAUUCCUUCGCAUGGAUGAGAUUCCCUACAUACAAGAGGAUCGGCCAGAAAGUUCUGGAGACAAUGAUGUGCCUACAGAGCCGUCCACAUCUCCCUUCAUCAGCUCCCUGUCUCUAUCCAGCUCUGAGGAGAACAUUGGAAAGAAGCUUUUGCGUAAAUUGAGUAACAAGAAGAGGAAAAAGUCUCGGGAUGGAGAAAAGAGUUUGGAGGAGGGUUCAGAGCAGCCACCAGUGACAAGCUAGCACAGUGACACUGAGGAGGAGGGAUGAAGCAUGCUUCCUCUUUCUCAUUCACUGGGUACCCUCAUUACUGUCACCUCUUCAGGCUCCCUUCAAGCUCCGACUCAACCCUCACAUGAAAUGGAGCCAUCCUAUCUUCUGUAGCCAUCAAUAAUUCUCAGGACCCCUCUGAAACAUUGGCUCCCUCUCUGCCUGACCCUGAAAAAAUACUUGAUUAGGAAAAUCUAAACAUCUAAGUGAUGGAUUUAUCCAGCCUUACACUGGACAGUAUGGACCCAGCUGGUUUUAAUCACAUUUAUGAUGCAAACCUCAUCCAUGUUACCUUUUAUAUAGUAGUUGUAGUCAUAAUUUUAGCACAGAUUUACUGCAUUUUAGCUAUAGUGUGUUGUUACUAAAAAACCUCUCAGUAUUCAACCUAACAAGGUUCUUAGACAGUAUCUGAGCCAGCUGUUACUUUUUACGUGAUCAAACACUGAAAAUACUGAUUUUUCUUCAUUAAAUGUUACUAAGAGGCAGUUCCCACACCACUGAAAAUGUUUGCACAGGGAACUGUCCUAAUGUUGCCAAAAGGGCGCCACCUACUGCCAGCUUAACAGAACACACAAUUAAAAGGAGAAAGCCACUAAAAAAAGAGCACAACUUUCACUUAAAACUAAAUACUGUUACAAAAAAAGAUAUACAAUAAUCAGUUCUCAGCAUGAGUGACCACUUACUGAAUGAGGCAGAUGCAGACUGUUGGAAACAAAAAGAAUAUGGUUCCUUAGAUGAUUGUUAAGUGUCUGGAUUACCAAAUGAAAUUGAAAAAAAAUAUUAGUUCAUCUAAAACACAGAAAAUUGCUCCAGUUUAUCAGCAUACUUACACAUUUGUCUACAAAAUGCAGCAUCCCAACUGAGAUGCAUGUUACAUGUACAGGACAUCUUUUUUGUUUGUUCUCCCAUUAAGACAUGGUCUUUGCUCUACAUAUGUUGCUAAACAGAUGUAAUUGUAGUUUUUCAAUCAAACACCCUCACUGGUCUAUUUUCUUUCUUGAUGUUUAAAAAAAAGGCUUGUAAGUCUGUUAUUUGAGUACAUUCAGUCAACACUGUCCGUGCACUGACGAUGAUUUCCAUUAUCUCCAUAUAUCUGUAAUUUUCAUAUGUACAGUUCAUCUCUUACAGGGACACUGGAGCUACAUACACCACUUAAAAAUAAGCUGGGGGGUUAUGAGCGUCUGGGAUUUCUGGAUCUGUGGAUAUACAGGAAUAUUCUAGAAGAAGUAGUUGCUAAUUGCAUGUAUGUUUCUGCUGCUGAAUCGUCCCCAUAGAAAUCCUUGUAUUUACACUUGCAUGCUCAUGUAAAAGAUUAAUGAAUAUUAAGUAGGAUGCCGAUUUCUACUGUAUUCUCCCCACUAAGCUAGAUGUAGAUUUUAUGAGUCUUGCAAAAGACUGCAGCCUGAAGUUUAAUAGUAAAUCCUUCGGGGAGUUGCUGAUAAGGCACAAGGGGAUGGAGCAACAGUACGUUGCUCAAUGAAAAAAAAAAAAAUGUUCAAGCCAUUUCUCAAAAGAAAAAAAAAAUGUACAAGUGCAAUAAUGUAAAAUAGGAUUUGACUCAUUUUAAAAUGUCCAAGGUGAACUACGCUGAUAUUUGCCUGAUGAAAGCAAUACGACACAGACUGACGUCACGCCACCGCCCCCCCCAUCCAAACAUACAAUCGCACGCAGGUGGUGUGUGGGGACAGUCAGUGAUUUCAUUCACUCUGCUUACGUAAGUACAAAGAAUACUGCACUGCUGAGCUAUUCAAAAUGACCCCACCACAGACAAAGAACAAGCAAGGGGGAAGCCUUUUGAUCUGACGGCUGACUCAGACAGAGAGGAUUUGUGGGUCAGGGACUCUAA